AUGCCUCAAUUACAAGAGCUUUUCAAUUCAGCAGUGCAGCCCCUGCCUGCAAUCGAGGAUAAGAGUUUUGCAUCACACUUCGAUACCUUUGCGGGUAGCCAAGUGAUUCUGCUAGGCGAUGGCAGCCAUGGAACAUCUGAGUUCUAUUCUGCACGUGCAGAGAUCACAAAGCGACUCAUUGAACGACAUGGCUACACCAUGGUCGCGGUCGAAGCAGACUGGCCAGAUGCAGAGGCCAUCGACCGAUAUGUGCGCUUACGUCCAGGCCCCAAAGCGCAAAUUGGAGGGAGCGCGAAAGGAUACGAAGCAUUCACUCGCUUUCCUACCUGGAUGUGGAAGAAUUAUGAGAUGCAAGGGCUAGUUGAAUGGAUGCGUAAUCGAAACAAGGAUCUCCCACCAGAACAAAGAGCCGGGUUCUACGGGUUGGACCUGUACAGCAUGGGUGCCUCGAUCGCCGCUGUGAUCAACUAUUUAGACCAGGUGGACCCACAGGCAAGCAAGCUAGCACGCCAGCGGUAUGGGUGCUUGGAGCCUUGGGUGGAUGAUCCCACUUCAUAUGGUCUGGCAUCCCUUCAGGGAUUGGAAGACUGCGAAGGUCCAGUGAUGAAAAUACUCACAGACCUUUUGGCCCGAAGGCUUGAGUACAUCGGCUUGUGGGAUGGCGAUGAAAACCACAGCGCCGAACAGAAUGCUCACCUAGUUCGUGAUGCGGAACAGUAUUACAGGGCGAUGUACUACAGCUCAGCAAGCUCAUGGAACCUGCGCGACAUGCACAUGUUCGAAACCUUAGUCCGCCUGUUAAAGUACAACGAGGGAGAGAAAGCUAUUGUGUGGGCCCAUAAUUCGCAUGUCGGAGAUGCGCGCUAUACAAGCAUGGGAUUUCGCCGCAAGGAGCUCAAUAUCGGGCAACUAUGCCGUGAGCGACUAGGACGCGAGAAUGUGACCAUUCUUGGAUGCGGAACCCACACUGGCACAGUUGCCGCGGCCCAUGAGUGGGACGAUGAUAUGGAGGUCAUGUCCGUCCGUCCCUCCCGAGAGGAUAGUUGGGAGAUUGUGGCCCAUGAUACUGGUGUGCCACGAUUCGUGCUCGACCUGCGUCAGGAUCGCAUAGACCCCUCUCUGCGCUCAGCUAUCGCUGCUGAGCAACGCCUGCAGCGCUUCAUUGGUGUCAUCUACCGCCCUGAUACCGAGCGUGCCUCCCACUACUCGCAAACCUUCCUCCACAAGCAGUUUGAUGCUUAUAUCUGGUUUGAUAGAACCAAGGCUGUUCAACCCUUGGAAGUAAUGCAGCCCCAGACGCCGCUUGGAAAGAGCGAAACCUAUCCAUUUGGACUCUAG